GGUGCGUUUGGUUCAAGUCAUCAUCUAUAACCUUGGUUAUGUGAUUACCAAGUAAUCACAUAACUAAGGUUAUAGGGAAUACAAUAUAACUUAUUUGGUGUUUGGUUCAAUUAAGAUUAUACAAUUACUUAGUUUUACAUUUACUAAUUUAUCCUUUAACUUUUUGAAUUAAUUUAAUUGAAUGAAAAUCUUUUUCCCCACUCUCUAUGCCGACUUCGAUGCUUCGCCGCACUACUCCUGCGUCGUGAUGGAAUACUGCAGCGGCGGAGACCUUCACACGCUCCGCCACCGCCAGCCCCGCCAACGCUUCUCCAUCGCCGCCACCAGGUUCUACGCGGCGGAGGUGCUGCUCGCCCUAGAGUAUCUUUACAUGCUCGGUAUCGUCUACCGCGAUCUGAAGCCGAAGAACAUCCUCAUCCGCUCCGACGCCCACAUCAUGCUCUCUGACUUCGACCUCUCCCUGGAGUCCCCUUGGCGCUUCGUCGCGGAGCCUGUCGAUGCUCGGUCGUGCUCCUUUGUGGGUACCCACGAGUACGUCGCGCCAGAGGUCGCCGCAGGCCAACCCCACGGCAGCGCCGUCGACUGGUGGGCCUACGGCAUCCUCCUCUACGGGCGCACUCCCUUCGCCGGGCCCACCAACCUGCAGACCCUCCACAACAUCGUCAAGCAGCCGCUAUCCUUCCCUACGGCCGACCCUUCCCCGCUGGUGCGCCAUCUCCACAAAGAACGAACGGGUACAGAGCUCGGAUGACAUCCCUUCUCAUCUCCUCU